AUGGCCGUCAAUGAUCGCACCAAGGGCAAGCAAAGAGCGGCAGAAGAUGACACGGACAGUCGCUCCUUGCCCAUCAGUACGACGAUCUAUCAGCAUGUCGAGACCGUGCUGGAUCAUGCGGUCUUGACACCUUUAGCACCCGCGAUACGAUACAUCCUUGAGGCGCCAUUGGACAGACUAGCGCUGACCGAGCAUGCCCUGAUUGGCACUCGUUUCGUCCAGUGGCUUGCUAAAGCUGGUCUACCCGAGCCAUAUAGCGUCUUGGCAAUCCUCAGCUUCACGGGAUGGCAAGCACGCCGGUUCUAUUUUGCUCAGAAAGAGCUUGCCCUCAGCCUUCUUCUGACUGCGCUGCCCGCAUGGCAAUCUAUAAGGCUCAUCGGGCAAUCGGGUACGCUGCUCGGUCAGUUGCACAGCGAUGCCGUCAAACCCGCGUCAAUACUACGGGUGCUGGACGAAGUCAAACGAUUACUGUCCUAUUGGAUCUUAUGGGUCUCUAUUGCCUGGCUAGAAGCAGCCCAACUCUCGCCCAAGAGACAUCAGCCCAACUCGGCUUUCACGCCUGCACCGACGGUGAUGCAGACGCGUUCGACCGCGAGCACACUGACGCGCUUCUUCAGUCUGCUCCCUCGAUUGCUGGGCAGCUUGCGACGUUCUGCCGGUCGUGUUCCCGCCGCCCUGACCACUUCACCAUCGACCCUGCGCAAGCCUUUUCCUCAGCCAAAAGCAUGGGACCAGGUCUCUGCAGCCAUGUCCAGCAGCGCAAAGUACCCACUGAGCUUCCUGCCACCGACGACGAACACAACCCGCAUCUCGCUCGCGCAAGGCUGGUUCGGCGAUCGAUGGCCAACUUUGAAGGUAAUCCUGCUACUAUGGGCGAUGAGCAGUCACACAGACGGCGCUGUCAAGCUCUUCCAACUGAUCAUUGAGCCCUGGCAACGACUCGCACGACAUUACGACCACGAUGACUUCGGACCAGCCAAAAGAAGAAUCGUCAAAGUCGUCCUAGCUCCGCAAGCAAGGGAAGAUGCACAGGCGCCUCGCAGGCAUGCGCUCAGGACAGUCGAAGAAAGCUACCCCUCGGUCGCGAGUCUUCCUGAUUCGUCAGGUUACCUCUCUCAAGCGAGUAGUAGUGCGCAUGCUGCUGGCAGUGCAACGCUUGUCGUGCCGCCCGCGACGCCCAAAAGGACUCUGUCUGCGCCAACUCCACAGCAUUCGCCUCUACAUGGUUCAGAUCUUCAUGCGGAGAUGGCCAGGCUCGAUGCAGCCUAUCAGGAGAGACAGAGACGCACGCGAGCCCUGGAGAAGGACGGCGCGCUUCAUGGUAUGAUCGGAGAGCUCGACCGGGUAUGGACGCAACCGUCUGCUCAGCUGCUACCGAGCCAGGCUAUCGCAAUUUGAGGCAAUUUGCAGCAUCACUUGACGGUCUGCAAAGCUGACAGUACAGAUUGCAGAGCGCUCUCAUCGCAACGACCGUUGGCGCUGCCUAUACUUUGCAGCUCUCGCAAGCCC